AUGACCGUUCACGUCGAUGGGAUCGUGGCGAUCGUUCUGUUUUACCUGUUAAUCUUAUUUGUUGGAUUAUGGGCAGCUUGGAAAAGUAAGAACUCAGUUUCGGAUGGAGCAAUCGAUCGGAGUGAAGCCAUAAUGAUCGGGGAAAGGGAUAUCGGUUUAUUGGUUGGUGGGUUCACCAUGACCGCGACCUGGGUUGGCGGUGGUUAUAUCAAUGGCACAGCAGAGGCGGUUUAUGUCCCUGGCUACGGCUUAGCCUGGGCACAGGCUCCCUUCGGAUACGCACUCAGCCUGGUUGUAGGCGGCUUGUUUUUCGCCAAACCCAUGCGUUCACGGGGUUACGUGACCAUGUUGGACCCUUUUCAACAGAUCUACGGCAAACGAAUGGGGGGAUUGCUCUUCAUCCCCGCUCUCCUGGGAGAAAUCUUCUGGUCUGCAGCCGUACUCUCCGCGCUAGGUGCAACUUUAAGCGUCAUUGUGGACAUCGAUAUAAACCUGUCAGUGAUUAUUUCGGCGCUGAUCGCGAUAUUCUACACUCUGGUCGGUGGACUGUACUCGGUCGCAUACACAGAUGUGGUCCAGUUGUUUUGCAUCUUCUUGGGUUUGUGGAUCAGUAUACCGUUCGCCAUGUUAAAUCCCGCAGUUACAGAUAUUACCACGACCGCAAGCCAUGAAGUUCAUCAGGAGCCUUGGAUGGGAACGAUCAUUCCUAAGGACAUUUUAAACUGGAUAGACAACUUCCUGUUACUGAUGCUGGGUGGAAUCCCAUGGCAGGUAUAUUUUCAGAGAGUCCUUUCUGCUUCUUCUGCUACCUAUGCACAAGUCCUCUCCUUUCUGGCUGCCUUCGGUUGCGUAGUAAUGGCCAUCCCGUCCGUACUAAUCGGAGCAAUAGGAGCAUCUACUGACUGGAAUCAAACUUCCUAUGGCUUGCCAGAUCCUAAGAGCAGGAACGAGACUGACAUGAUUUUGCCCAUAGUGCUGCAGCAUCUGUGCCCGUCCUACGUGUCCUUUUUUGGCCUUGGUGCAGUCUCUGCUGCAGUGAUGUCUUCGGCUGAUUCUUCUAUCUUAUCAGCAAGUUCUAUGUUCGCUCGGAAUAUUUACCAUCUUGCUUUCAGACAAGAGGCCACAGACAAAGAAAUAGUGUGGGUAAUGCGAAUCACCAUAUUCCUAUUUGGAGGAGCUGCAACAUCUAUGGCACUGUUGGCCCAGUCAAUCUAUGGCCUCUGGUAUCUGAGCUCAGAUCUUGUCUACGUUAUUAUCUUCCCUCAGUUAAUAUCAGUGCUCUUCAUCAAGGGAACAAACACUUACGGCUCCAUUGCUGGAUAUAUCAUUGGCUUCUUGCUUCGAAUUAGUGGUGGUGAACCGUAUUUACAUAUGCAGCCAUUUAUUUGUUACCCUGGAUGUUACUUAGAGCAUACAUUUGGAGCUGAUCCUGUUUAUGUUCAAAGAUUUCCCUUUAAAACUAUGGCCAUGUUAUUCUCCUUCCUGGGCAACGUUGCUGUUUCAUAUCUGGCCAAGCACCUGUUCGAAAGUGGAAUAUUGCCGCAAAAAUUAGACUUCCUUGACAGCGUUGUGUCACAACACAGUAAGGAAAACAUGGACAAAACCUUGUUGGUGAACCAUGACAAUAUUACUUUGUCAGAGCUGGUACGUGUUAAUGCAAAGAACAGUGCUUCACUUAAUGCUGCUUUCACCAAUAAGGCAGCAUUUGAAGACACUGUGACAACUCCUGAAUUUUCUAAGUCAGACAUUGAUUGA